GGAAAAAGGAGCCUGGAACCUCCGCCUCGAAUCCCCCGCCGGCGCCGGGCGCGGCGGAGAGCUGCGGGGUGGGCGCCCAGGGGAGAACGCGGUGAAGAGUUCGCCCUCGCCGGGGAGUUGUCUGAGUUGACGGCGCGGUGCCCGGGCUUCCAGCUCUCGGCGCCCCACGCGCUCGCGCCUCCCGGGGCUGCAGCCCACGCCCGCGUCCGGAGCCCGGCCCGCCGCGCCCGGGAAGCCGAGCUCUCGCGCUCCUGUCCCGGUCCGGCCCGGGGGAAGGAGGUUGUCCCCGGCCGAGGCGCACGGUCGCGCGUUCUUCCCGCACUCUGCGGCCGCAGCUGCCUCUCCAUGGCGUCUCAUCAGCAGUCCCGGAUCCAGGCUUACCUGGAGAAGAACAAGAUCGGUCCCCUGUUUGAGGAAUUAAUGACCAAAUUAAUAACUGAGACACCUGACCAGCCAAUCCCAUUUCUCAUUGACCAUCUUCAGUCUAAACAAAGAAACCAUGGACAACUUCAAAGAACUUUAUCUGGAUCUGCAGCUCUUUGGGCAGAAAGUGAAACAUCAGAACAUAAACUAACAAGAAGGGAUUUCAGAAGUUAUGAUAAGCCCUGGCAGUUAAAUGCAAAGAAGCCUAAAAAAUCAAAAAGUGACCUUGCUGUUUCUAAUAUUUCUCCACCAUCAUCAGAAUCCAAAUCAUUGCCAAGGUCAGUAGAUCAUCCUAAGUGGAACUGGCGGAUUAAACCAGAAAGCCGUGAUUUUGAUGAAUUGAACCACAUCCUACAAGAGAGCAAGAAUCUGGGAAAAGCCCUUGAGAAUCUGUCUCGAAGUAUUGCAAUUUCAGAUGAACUCGAUAAGGAAUCUGCAGCAUUUAAUUCUUCUCUUCUGAGACCCCGGGUGAUUGGAGAAUGGAUUGGUCGAGAAGAAAAUGAUGCUGAUCCACUAGCCUCUGAAAUGCUACAGCCCCCAGUUCCAAGAAGUAAAAUUGAGCAAUGGGAAAGUGAAGAUAGUAGCUCCAGCCCUGCAGGAAGCUUAAAGGUGGAGCCCAAAACGAAAGGAUUAAAGCAGCAGCAGCAGCAGCACAAGAAGCUCCUGGCGGCGAUGCUCUCUCAGGACUCUAACGAGUCUGUCCAUGGCCCUGCCCCGCCUGUAACAGAAGAAGAAAUUGAUAAUGAAGAUGAUGCAAUGGAAUUGCUGGAGGAUCUUGAUGAUUUAAGAAUGGAGGGAGUAACUACCCUGCUACCUUCUGGGAGCAAAUUUAACCAAGGUCGUGCUACUCACCCUGCUGAACUUCAGGCCAAGGUCACACUGAACAUCUGUUCAAGGUGUGCCAGGCUUCAAGGAGACAACCUGGCAGAAAGAACAGAAGAAACAUCACAAAUCUUGCAUUCUCCAGAUGAAAUAAUUCCAGGUUCUCUGGAUUCGUUACCUGGAACUGAAGAAGCAUUAAUGGAAGAGGGUGAAGAAUUUGAGAAAGCAUCUAAAUUAACAGGACCUGGAGAAGCCUCCAGUGGAGGACAGUCAUUGAAAAACUACAUAGAAGAAGUGAGUUUUAAGGAUGAAUCUUUAAAGCAAUUACAGGUAGUUCAUCAGCCAUGGAUCUUGCCAAGUGACACAGAAAGUGAAGGAGUGGAAGCUGAACAAGAGAAACGUUCUGCUGAUCUUCUUCUCUGUGUCCCAUGCUCUCCUUGUCCUACUCUGAUCUACUCUGGUAUGCCUGCUCAGGGCACCUAAUAGCAGCAUCAGGUCUGUGAAGCAGGCAGAAGAAAUUGCAAGUGGUCCUUAAAGAAAUUGCAAUUAUUCAAAUCAUUAUGUAUAGUUCUAAUUUUAUUUACUACAUGUAAUCAUUUAGAGAAUGAUUAUUUUUAUAAUAUCAAUAACAAACAAGUACUGUUGUAACCAGGGGGUGCCUAAUCAGUGUGUAAUCAGAAAAUACUAACCCUGGCAAAAGAUUCUGGGCUGAUCAGGAUGCCUGCUGCCUUUUGGCCUGGUUAGUGUCCUGGGUUUAGAUUACUUUAUACCUAACUAUUAAGAUUACUCUUUGAUAUUUAAAGAUUGCCUGAAUUCAAAUAACUUUGCUUAAAAUUUUUCUGUAUUUUAACUUGUGUAGGGUUUUCUACUUCUUAUAUUUUUAUAAUAUUUUCUCAUUUUUUUAGAUUAAUCAACAUUAUAUUUACCGACAUGUGCCAAGAUGUGCCAUUUAGGUCUCUCUGGGAGUUAUAGCUCUUUGGUAUCAUCACCUGUAUAUGUGUUUUGUGCAGCAGCAAGAGACAUAUUCUCCACCACUGCUCCUUCUUAUGAUGACCUUCCCAGUUCCUAUCAAAACAAAUAAUUGAUGUUAAUUCAGUAAAGCAGAUCCAUAAGAAAUGAAAUGCAUGCCCAAAGCCUAUGCCAUGAAAAUUGUUUGACCAUUUAUCCAGUUAUUGAGCCCAAUUAAGAUUAUCCAUUUAAAGUUUUAUAUACGCUCGCUUUUGGAAUGUGUUAUGCAUUGAUACUAAGUGAAUGGAUCUAAGUACAUCUAUUGACUAGCUCUACUGUCUGUUUUAUCUUGUCUUAAUCUAAGUUUGCUUUCUGGACCUUUAAGGCAUGCAGCUAAAUUAUAAAACUGCCUGUAUAACUGUCAAAGAAACAAAUGUUACAGGCCAGAACAUGGCUAAAGAAUAAAUUAAAAAAUUCUGAUUAUAUGAAUGAAGUCGUAUUCCUAAA